AUAACAAAUUUUCCUAUAUCAUUAGAUUAUAGAAUUUUAUGGGAUCUUUCGCUCGACAAUGAUCCGAAAGAUCUUCCGCCAAGGAGCACCGCACCAAGAAAAAUAAAAGCCUUAUCCAAUUGCUCCAUUUCAAUUUGAUCUCCGACACUUGGACCAGCAAACUCGCCAAUUUCUUGAUCCUAUGUGCUCGGACAGCUAAGUGUCUUCUUGAAAGAUGGCAAAAUACGUAGGCUGAAACAAACCCAACCCGGAUUCAAGGUACAGAGCACCAACAACCUACUUCUGCUCCGAACUAAAAUAAUAACUAUUGCCUUCUUGUCCGAGGGAGACAAUGCUUCGGUUUAUUUAGCCCAUACCCUUUUGGUCUUACUCGACCAUCUUGCUCUUAGAAAUGGGUCACGGGUUGAUGGGCUAUAUAAGUCCGUGAGUCGCCCAGUGUUUCAUGGCUUGAAGCAUCAGAAAAAAAUUGAAACUUGCUUGUGAAUACCGAAUGACAUGCGCUGAUUAACUUAUAUUGAACUGUUUCAUCCAAGGAAAUGGUCAGCUUGUGUUGGGGACAGCCUUUCGGAGGACAAGAAAGCCGUGAGUACAGGGAAGUUGGAAGGAGAUUCGACGGGUUGAUGUGGAGCAAAAGCUUAGGGAGUCAUGCUCACGGAGAAUUCUCCAUGGCGGUUGUUCAGGCCAACAAUUUGUUGGAGGAUCAGAGCCAGCUCGAAUCGGGACAGCUGAGUUUCACCGAUUCCGGGCCCUUCGGGACGUUUGUUGGCAUCUGUGAUGGCCAUGGUGGGUCCGAGGCUUCAUGGUUCAUCCGCGACAAUCUGUUCUGCAACAUCAAGAUUAUUUCUCAUGCAGAAUUGGUGUCCAAGCAUCAAGAGGUCAGUGCAAAUGUCAUUAAGAAGGCAUUCUUGGCGACCGAAGAGGGUUUUCUCUCUAUGGUAAAGAAAAAUUGGCAUAACAAACCACAUAUUGCGUCUGCCGGAUCUUGUUGUCUGGUUGGCGUCAUAAGCAACGGGACACUAAUUGUUGGAAAUGCUGGGGAUUCCCGGGCUAUACUAGGGAGAGCAGUGAAGAAUUCGAAAAGAAUAACACCGCUCCAAUUAUCAGAAGAGCAUAAUGUGAAUUUUGAAUCCGUGAGAGAGGAAGUCCGAUCCCUACAUCCCCACGAUCAACAGAUUGUGAUGCUCAAACAUAAAGUUUGGCGUGUUAAGGGACUCAUACAGGUCUCAAGAUCUAUUGGAGAUGCAUACCUGAAAAGGACAGAGUUCAAUAGAGAGCCUUUGCCUUGCAAGUUCAGGCUGCCUGAGCCAUUUCUCAAGCCAAUCUUGAGUUCAGAGCCAUCGGUAUCGGUACACCGACUCCAGCCUGAAGACCACUUCCUCAUUUUCGCAUCAGAUGGUCUUUGGGAGCAUUUGAGCAAUCAAGGUGCCAUCGACAUUGUCAAGAACUACCCUCGCAAGGGAAUUGCAAGGAGGCUGAUUGAAGCGGCACUGAAAGAAGCAGCGAAGAAGAGAGAAAUAAGGUACUCGGACAUGAAAAGGAUCGAGAGCGGAGUGAGGAGGCACUUCCACGACAACAUAAGCGUCGCCGUCCUGUUUCUCGAUCCGCAGUUAGCCAGUACUAAGAGCUCAUUACAACGGCCUGUGUCAAUAAAAGGAGAAGGAUGGGCCUCUGCUCCCUACUGCUGACUACUAGGACUCGGCAAAACGGCAAGGGUCUGUUCCUUGCCAUCCAGUCUCACCAUUCACUCAAUGAUGGGUCUUAUAGAAGCUGCAUUGGAGUUCCUUGAGGAUCAUUAAAGAGGAGCCCUGAAGGACCAAUUCCCAAAAGCGAAGACCUUUUCAUGCAAAUUAGUGUUGUUGGAAAAGAGAAGCAGCAUUGCACACCCAACCCCAAAAAAGA